AUGCAAAUUGUUGAAUCAGGCGAAUCAGCGAUUGAAAAAUUAAAACUCGUAAGCGGACCAAUAGGAGAUGUUGUAAAAAAGAAAAUUCAUGCAGUUACAGAAAAAAAUCCAGGCUAUAUUUAUUUUAAAACAAUCAAUGACAUAAUGAGUGGCAGACACACUUCUAAAAAUUUGGAAUUAUCGCCUUCUGAUAUUAUGCGCUUCAAAUAUACUCCAAUUACAUCGGUUGAUGUGGAACGAUCAUUUAGCCGUUUUAAAAAUAUUUUGAGACCUAAUAGGCGACAUUUAACAUUCGAAAAUUUAAAAGAAAUUGUAAUAAUUCAAUGCAACAAAUCAUUUUGA